AUGGCUGCGGGUAUGACUGGCUUUGUGGACAAUUUCCGCACACAGCUGACUAAAGACGCUGAAAUUCAGCUCGGCACUGUUUUCCCCCAGCGUUUGCAGACCAUAGUUGAUACCCUUAAGAGCCCUCUCUUCGAUCUUUCGGCCAAUCGCAAGAGGAUUCAUGACGCAGCCCUUUCCACUGUUCCCCAAGAUGGAAAUGAACAACCAACUGGUGCAUUGCCCAAGUCUUUAGCCGAGGCUUCGACAAAUCCCAUUAUAUCAGAAGCCUACAAUAUUGUAAAACCACUCCUCCUUCAACUCGGAGAGGAUGCCCAGCUACUUCGAAUGUGGGUAAUGCUAAAUAUUCCUAAAAUUGAGGAUGGAAACAACUUUGGCGUAGCGGUACAAGAAGAGGUGAUGUUGGAUGCCUCACGAACUGAAACAGAUGUAACCUCUAUGCUGGACUUUUACUGCGAUUAUCUGGUGUACAGGGGGAAAAUAAACACAAAGCGGAUCAAAUGGCCCGGUGUGGGUGCGUACGCGGAGGCCCUAACAGAGCUAGACGAAACCACCUACAUUAGGCUGCGAAUGACCCUGCAGGACAUACGAAACAAUUACGCCCACCUUUACGACCUCUUUAUGAAGAAUAUUAACAAGAUCAGAGAUCCAAGACACGAGGGUGGAAUGAGCGCUGUCAACAUCAUGUAUUAA